CGGGGGGCGGGGCAGGCGCGGGGUUGGCACUUCCGGGAUCCCCGUCCCGGGGAAGGGAGGCGACCAUGCGGAUUCCCGGGAGCCGGAGGGUCCUUCCCUGACCCCCAGGGACCCCCCGCCGGGGGAUGUCCCCUGCCCGCCCCAUGGCCACGCACCCCACGGGGACCUCGCGGCGCUGGGACGCCGGAACGGCACCGAAACCGGGACCGUGAGCACGGGAAGAUCACAGCCCAACCUCCCGGAGGGUCCUCAGGGCACCGGGGACAAAGCCCCCGAACUGCCCCCCUGAGCCCGGCAGAGCCCGGGCAGGGAGCAGGAACGGGGCCGGGGAGCUGCGGGGUUUGGGUGUCGGAAGAACGGGAUCUGGAGAGAGGUGGGAGCUGUGGGAUCGGCACUGGGAGGGGUUCAGCUGCACCGAGGCUUCUCCAACCCCGGUCAGAGCCCAAGCAGUGCCCUGCAGGUUAUUUAUAACCCAGGGAGCAUUGCUUGGUGAGAGACCAAGAAACCAAACCUUGCACCAGGAUCUCUGCUCAUCCUGGCUCCAGGUUGGAUUUGAACAAACUGUUCCCAAAGGUCUGGGCUGGUUUGCAGCAGUUUGGUGAAUAAACAGCUCUGCUCUUCUCCCUGUGACUCUGCUCCUAGGUGACAUGUGAAGGCAGCACCUGCCCUGGGGAGCAGGAGCAGCAGCUGAGAUGCAUUCAAGCCACAGUGAUGACCCCAAGGAAGCCAUACAGCUGAUCAAGAAGCAGCUGGUGAAUGCCAUCAAGGCCCUGCAGAAGCAGUACGUCACCUCGGAUGCCAUUGUCACCAGUGAUGAUGGCAAUGCCAACAGCCUCUGCUGUGCCCUGGAAGCUGUCUUUGUGCACGGGUUGAAGGCCAAGCACAUCAAGAUGGAGAGUGGAGGGAAAGGGAAGAAAGCAGGAGGUCGGGGACCCCUUCCCCAGCCUGUCUUCUGGGGGCUGCUGAAGAGCAUCACGCACCGAAACAUUGUCUCUGAGCUGGAACAACUCAUCUUCAUCACCACGGACGUGGGUCGGUGCCGUGCCUGGCUGAGGUUGGCCCUGAAUGAUGGGUUGGUGGAGUCCUACCUGACCCUGCUGCUGCGGGAGAGGCCCCGGCUGCCCGAGUUCUACCAGAGCUCAGCUCUGCUCCUGGAUGCCGAGGAGUGCGAGUUCCUCCUCAGCUACCUGCAGGGCUUAACGUCCCUCACCUUCCAGCUCUCCUAUAAAUCAGCAGUUCUGAACGAGUGGACCGUCACCCCCCUGUCCCUCUCGGGGCUCUGUCCUGGCUCUGAGCUGCUGGAGCCCCUCAGCUCCCAACCCACACGGAAAGCGUCCCUGGGUUCCCUCUCCCAAUCCUCCGGCUCGGAUGAGAUCGAGAUCCAAGCGUCCCUGCUGCCCAUUGGCAAAGCCAGCACCAAAGCCAAGCUCACCUCCUCCUCCUUGAGCCUCAACACCACCAGUUCCUCCCAGCUCUCCUCCAGCCUGGGCUCUGACAGCCCCCUGCCCCCCCCCUGCGCCCGCAGCCCUGAGCGCCCCGAGGAGCCCCUGUCCUGUGACUCUGACCUGGGGACAGCCACAGCUGAGGACCUGGACAGGUCCCUGCAAGAGGUCCUGUCAGAGUUCAGCAAAGCCAAACCAAGCCUGGAAGCCCCGGAGGGGGGGCAGCUCCCCAGCCUGAUGGGAUCCUCCCCCCAGCAGCCCAGCUGCCCCCCAGCCACCUCCCCAGGACCCCCAGCACCAUCCCCUGGGCAUCACCCCCACCCCAGCACGGCUGCUCCGGGGAUCUCAGGGACCAGCAAUGGGGAGGAUGGAGAUGCAGCCCCAGAAGUUGGUGACACGGCCACGGUCCCAGCCCCAGGGCAGGGGGGUGGGAGUGGGACAGAGCCAGGCAGGAGCCAGAGCAGCCCCAGGGCUGGGCUCCUCCUCUCCCCUCUGCUGAGCUGUCCGAAAAGGAAGAGCUGGAUCUCAGAAGACGACUUCUACAGACCUUCCCCAGGAGAGAGCAGCAAAAGCACCCCUGACACCAAUGGCUUUGGGCCCGAGGGUGCUGGUGAGGGCCCAGCCCCGGGGCUGAUCAGUGCCCUGGGUUUGGAGAGGCUCUCGGUGCCAUCCUCAGAGAGCCCCCAACCCAAAAUGUCACCUGAACGGGAGCAGAAGGGCUUCAGCGUGGUGCACCGCAGGCAGAUGGGUCUUUCCAACCCUUUCCGAGGGCUGCUGAAGCUGGGCAGCCUGGAGAGGAGAGGAGCCAUGGGGAUCUGGAAGGAGUUUUCCUGCGAGCUGUCACCCCUGGAGCUCCGGCUCUUCCUGGAGCACGAGGAUCGGAUCUGCCUGGAGAGCUUCUCCCUCCUGCGCUGCGAGUCCCUGGGCAGGACCCACUCGGACGGGCGUUUUGAGUUGGUUUUCUUGGGGAAAAAACUCUCCCUGAGGGCUCCUUCUGGGGACGAGGCCGAGGAUUGGUUGGAGAGGAUCCGGGAGGCACUGCACAAGUGCCGACCUCAGCUGGAGGAGGAGGAGUGGGAGACCCUGGAGUAUCCCGAGGAUGGUGGGGAAGGCCCAGGCACGCAGAGUGACUCCUCUGCUGCCCUGCAGUACGGUGACCCACCCGGGAACAGCUUUGAGUGGACUCUGCUUCAGGAGCCAGAGCUGGAUGCCAUCAAGGAGGGUGUUCUGUACGUGGAGGUGGACAAAUCCUGGGUCCCUUUUAUCUUUUCCCUCUCUCUAGAAACUUUAAAAUGCUUCAAAGUCAGAAACAACGAUAAAAUUCUAAGCAACAGUUACGGCAUCGAGACCAUCCAGGACAUCCUCCCCGACAGCAGCCUCGGGGGUCCUGCCUUCUUCAAGGUCAUCACCUCCAAAGCUGUCCUGAAGCUGCAGGCUGAGGAUGCAGAAGCAGCAGCUUCCUGGAGGCAGCUGGUCCGAGGGGCCCUCAUGUCCUACCUGGAGAGUGCUGAGGAGGCUCUGACCCUGGGUGGCAGCUUGGAUGGCAAUUCCCAGGUUGUCCUGAAGAACACUGUGAAGGAAAAUGGCUUCUUGUUGCAAUACUUGGUGGCCAUCCCCAUGGAGAAGGGCCUGGACUCCCAGAGCUUCAUCUGUGCAGGCUGCUCCAGGCAGAUCGGGUUCUCCUUCGCCAAGCCCAAGCUCUGUGCCUUCUCUGGGCUCUAUUACUGUGACAGCUGCCACCAGGAUGAGGAGACCCUGAUUCCCUCCCGCCUCAUCCACAACUGGGACCUGGCCAAACGAGGGGUUUCCCGACAGGCUCUGAAAUUCCUCACCCAAAUCCGUAACCAACCCCUGAUCGACCUGCAGAGGGUCAACGAGAGCCUCUACGACCACGUGGAGAGGAUGGGAAGGAUCCUGAGGAGCAGGGAGCAGCUGAAGCUGCUGGGGGAUUAUCUCAGUGUGUGCCGCAGUGGGGCCCUGAAGGAGCUGAGCAAGAGGCUGGACCACAGGCACUACCUCUUGGAGUGUCCCCACAAGUACAGUGUCACUGACCUGAGGCAGAUUGCUGAUGGGGGCUUUGAGCCCUUCCUGCAGACUCUCAUCCAGUUUGCUUCCCACCACGUCUACAACUGUGACCUCUGCACCCAGCGUGGCUUCAUCUGCCAGAUCUGCAACAGCAGUGACAUCAUCUUCCCCUUCGAGUUUGACACUACCACCAGGUGCAGCGAAUGCAAAACCGUCUUCCACCGGGACUGCCAGGUCAGCACCAGGUCCUGUCCCCGCUGCGAGCGCCGGCGCCGGUACCGGCACAGGAUGGAGACCUCGGGGCCUGAGCUGAGCCCAUAGCACCCAGGGACCCACCAGGACCCUGCCGGACCCCCUGGACCCGGGGAGCUGACCCUGCACCCGCCCCUUCCCCAGGGGACACACUGCCUGGGUGCUCCUGCCCCCCCCGAGGGACCCUCUGCCCACCGACCCAUCCUCCCCCCACUAACCUGGUGCUGCUGGGGGACACCCUCCUGGUCCUGGUCCUGGUCCUGGUCCACUGGUGCCAAGCGGGUCGUGCCCCUCUCCCUGGUGAAAACCCAGCAGCUUUCCAGGGGGGAAAUGGGGAUUUUUUCAGUCCUGGGGGUGGGUAAGUGACACGGAUCAAAGCUCUAUAGUUUUUUAGGGUGUUCGAUAAUGGAGGGGGGGAAAAGAAAAACAUGGUAUUUUUUUAUGUGGGGAUUUUGCACACGCUGGCCUGCACUGGGGGUGGGGGGGAUUGGCAGCCACGCAGGGAGGGGACGAGGUGACACUUGUGCCUUUGGGGACCGCGGGCGAGCGGCUCCAGCUCGGAGAGCCCACCCGUCACCGUGGCCUCUGGGCAGAGAGGGGAGAGCCCAGCUGGGCUGCCCCUCCCCGCCUGCUGCUUUUAAUCCUUGAAAGAAAUUUUACUUUCCUUUCACCCUUCCCCAGACAAAAAUUAAAGUUUAUUUAACAA